CGCAGAUGCUUGGUCUGUAGCCGGCGGCGGCACAUGUCAGCUCUCCCCUUGUGCGAUGGAACUGCCAACUCGCCGUGCUGGUCGGAGUGCUCCGGAUCGAGGCUUGCUGCUGCGCCCCGUGUUGGGAGGGGAGCUGCCGUUUCCUGCUGCUGGGAGAAGCCAGGGACCCUCUGCUUGCUGAGGGCAAAAUCUCCUUCCUUGCCCAGACACUCGAGGAAGGUGGAAUGGGCCAUCAGAACUAUGUCAGACGACAGUGGUGACCAGUCAAGCAACAGCACUCGCCUUUUCAGUGCAAUUCGAUCAUUUUGGAACAAAUUGUCUGCCAAGCUGAAGAAAGCAAGGAAAGGGUUACCCGUGAAGAUCCUAUUCUUUCUGAUUGGAUUCUAUUGCGCUACUGCGUUCGCUACCGUCAUUGGGCAAACGGGUGACUGGGACAUACUGUCAGCCGGACUUGCUGUUGCCGUUGUGGAGGUUAUUGGUGCGCUGAUGUACAGGGCUUCCUUUGCGUUACUUGGUAGGAUCAGGAACAUGAUUACCAUAUUUAAUUACUGGAAAGCUGGGCUUACACUUGGGCUGUUCUUGGAUUCAUUCAAAUAUGAAGUGGAUGAGUUUCUCGAAUCAUGUAACCCAUUCAACUUUCAGAUUAAUAUAUUCACUGGGCUUUGGUAAAUUUUCCUCCAGGUCCUGUUACUAUUUCUACCAAUGGAAAGUGUUGGUUUACCCAACA